GCAGUGACCGCUGCGGGUCACAAGCGUGCAGGACUCCCCGUGGGUCGGAGAUCGACGUGCUGCCUCUCUCUGCCUCGAGCUGCUUCCGCCACCGCCGCCGUCUCUUCGUCUGCUCCUCCUGCUGCUUGUGCCGCUGUGUGUCUAUCGUGCCGCUUGUGUGGUUAACUUGUUGUGCAAUUACUGCUGCUGGAGGAAGCAGCGUUGCGAGGAGUGGCCUGCAGGCUGUCUGCUAACCUACAUUGAGGCGUCCACGUACAAACACAUUCACACCCACACACACACUCCGCCAUGGAGGACGAAGGAGACUACGAGGUCGACUAUGAAGUGGACGACACCGUGGAGCUGCCGGCCACGCUGGAGCUGCGGCAGGAGCCUGAGUAUGAGCCCGAGCCUGAGCAAGAGCCGGAGCCUGAGCAAGAGAGGGAGCCGGAAUUAGAGUUUGAGGGGGAGCAGGAGGCUGAAGAGCCUGAGACAGAACUGGAUAUCGCUCAGCAGCUGGAGGAGCUGGAACUGAAGCAUCACAAGGCCACCAAGAAGCGCUUUGGCUCCAGCUGGAAGCGGCCGCCGACCUUCGUCUACCCCAGCAACUUCGGGUUCGGCGUCAAUAUGUACCAGUCGAUGAUCGACUACCUGGACAAGAAGGACAACGGUGAGCGCGUCAACAAGGACGACGUGCACCUGCCGUUGCUGGAGGAGCGCUGCCUCCGCCAGUACGAGGCCGACCGGCCCUUCCGCUGGUAUGACAACCACGACAUCGACCAGUAUAUCCACAAGGGUGAGAAGAUCCGCACGCAGAUCCGCCAGAACGACGCGGUGGGCGUGGGCAACGUGCUGCGUCGCACGCACACCAACUGGUCCAUGACGCGCAAAUGGAUGCAGCUGCUCAAGACAUCGCACGUGCUCGAUUACCGCAACGCCCACAAAGACGAGUUUGACGCCCUCGCCCGCCGCGCGCCAAGCCGUGGCGGCAGCCCGUUUUACCCGUCCCACACGCCAGGCCCCCUCAAGGCCACCGCCUACCUCAGCCCCACCCUCAAGCCAAAAACGAGCUCUUUGGACGAUCUCGCCUCCGGGCUUGCCAGUGUGCUGCUGUCGAUGGUGCAGAGCAGGAUGGAGCAGGAGCAGAUGGUGGCCUCGCGCCGCUCGCGGCUGCGGGAAAUCGACGACAGGUUCGACAACACGUUGGACGAAAUCUACUCACAAAUGCGGCGGAUCGGCAGCCGCCCGGAGCCGCCGCCUGUUCGACAACAAUUGGAUCUAAACGACCUUGACGUGAGUGCGCGAAACAAGAUUCGCCGUGCAGAGGAGCUGCGUGACAUGCAGGACUACGUCAACGAGCUGACGUCACUCAACAGUGCCCGCAACACGCUGCGCGAGAACAUGCGCACCAGCGCUGUGGACCGGGACAUUUUGGAUCUGGACAGCCGCCUCGAGAAUAUGAGGAACCUGCAGCAGAGUGAGCGCAUGAAGCACGUCUCCAGCGACUACGAGAUUGACUUGCUGCGCGCCGAGAUCGCCGCACGCCGGGGUUCAACAACUCCCGCCUCGGCGCUGCAGGCUGACAGCUCGUACGGCUUGCCGCCAAGGGGGGGGAGCCGCCCCCUUUACAACCGCCCCGUGCAGCUGUCAGCCAUCGACCACCUCUCCUGCAGGCCGCGGGAGAUAUUUAAUCGUGAUGACGUGAUCUCUGACGUGAGUGCCCGUGUGCUGAAGCGUGCCGGCGAGGUGGGCGGCGAACCCACCGACGAGCAGCGCCGCAUCAACAGCCGCGCGCGCUUUGUCAACCUGACGCGGCGCCGCCCCAACACCGGCGACGUGGAGCUGACGGGCCCCUCGUCACGUGUCGAGCGGAACAUCGACCAUAUGGCCCGCUCGCUGGCCUCGCGGGGCACCUGCCAGCGGCGCUACGACGUGGACGACGAGAUGGAGCUGCCCUACCAGGGGCCUUUCCCCACCACCCGCAUCGACCCAGGCGACUUCUCCGUCUCGAGGCUCCUGGAGCGGCCGCAGUCCCCCAGCGUCAAGGUGCGCGCCGCCAACUCCCGCGCCCUGGCCCGCAACACCCUCCUCGGGUACUGAGGAGGCGGCGGCGGCCGCGACAGACAUCAUGCACGACACCCCUCGCCAUGAUACACACACACACACACACACACACACACACACACAAAGGUCGCGCGCGCGCGCGGCACCUGUUUUAGCUCUGGGCUGUCACACACGUCCUGUCUCAGCCAAGGGAAAGAGAGGCAGCCAAGAGGAAGAUGGCGAGCGGCAGGCGGCGAGGAGCAGAGAGGCGCGGCACAUCGAAACGACCCGCGCUGCUUGGCGGAACGCGACGACCAGACGACAAUGCGACCAGCGAAUGUUUGCUUCUAAAGCUUGUAAUGAACGACGAUAGCAAUGACGACACGCGCACGCCUCCGUGUUUUCUUCUUUGGAUGUUACUAGAGUUGUCGAUUAUCAUUAUGUCAAUUAUUUAUCAUUAUCUACUAUUAUUGCCAUUAUUAUUGUCUUAAUUACUGAUCUGUGUUGGUUUCAGUUUCUCUUCUCUUCUGCCAAAGAGAGACGCAAAAAAAAUAAGAUGUCUUGUGCACGUGUUUGGUUUAAAAGUCAUGUUUCGUUUUCAUUUCAAUUUCUUGUUUUGUUUCCGUAUUUCUUUCAUCUUUGUUUUUAUGCCUGGAUGAGUAAAUACUGUGCGAGGAAGACACUCAAUAAAUGUGGACGAAUAAGGAAGAA